AUAUCUGCUAUUUCUAAAGCAAAAAAGAAACAACUGAAAGAGUUGGCUAGAAAGCCAGAAUAUGAAAACGAGAAGCUAAUACAGUUGCGAAACACUUUAAUGGAGGAGUUCACGAAGACCGAGGAACCUAGAGGAAUUAUUUUCACAAAGACUCGGCUAAGUGCCUUUGCUCUAUUCCAGUGGAUUAAGGAUAACCCAAAAUUUGAAGAAGUGGGAAUUAAGGCCCAUUAUCUUAUUGGUGCUGGACAUAACAGUGAAACUAAACCCAUGACUCAGAAUGAGCAAAGGGAAGUCAUUGAUAAAUUCCGAGGUGGAAGUGUAAAUUUACUUAUUGCUACUACUGUAGCUGAGGAAGGCCUAGACAUCAAAGAGUGUAACAUCGUCAUUCGCUAUGGCCUCGUCACCAAUGAAAUUGCUAUGAUGCAGGCUCGUGGUCGAGCUCGAGCUGAUGAGAGCACCUAUACAGUUGUGGCUUCGAGUGGCUCAGGAGCUGUUGAACGUGAAGAUGUGAAUGUCUUCCGAGAGAACAUGAUGUAUAAGGCCAUUCAGCGUGUCCAGAACAUGCCACAGGAAGAGUAUUUAAAUAAGAUUCAGAAUUUCCAGUUGCAAAGUAUACUGGAAAAACAAAUGAAGGCAAAGAGAGAUCAGCACAAGACAUACAAGAAAAAUCCUUCACUUAUAACAUUCCUAUGCAAAAAUUGCCACAAGCUGAUAUGUUCUGGAGAAGAUAUUCAAGUUAUUGAAAAUAUGCAUCACGUCAGCGUGAAAAAAGAUUUCCAAAGUCUCUACCACACAAGAGAAAAUAAGACACUGCAAGAUAAGGACGCCGAUUACCAGACAAAUGGGGAAAUUAUAUGUAAAGAUUGUGGACAAGCUUGGGGAAAUAUGAUGGUUCACCGAGGUCUUGACCUGCCUUGUCUAAAGAUUCGAAAUUUUGUAGUUGUGUUUGAAGACAAGAAAACAACAAAGCAAAUUUUUAAGAAAUGGGGAGAACUGCCAGUCAGGUUCCCUAGUUUUGAUUAUGCAGCUCAUUGUCCUUCAAGUGAUGAAGAUUAA